UCGCGGAGAGUAAGUAAAUUAUUGAGGCGCCAUUAUUAAAGCGAUUUUCAUCUAAUAUUUUUGUUCCGUAAUAAAAUUUUAAAUAUGUGAAUAAUAUGUCAAACUCGUAAAUUUAUUUAAAUAAAACUUUCAACGUUCUCAACUUUCUGACAUUGAAUCUUCUAGAUACAAGUUUUAGAAAAGUCUGAAGAAAAUAAGAUGACUCGUCUCUUUCGUUGUAUUACAAAAUGGAGAUUAAAUCGUCAUUGUUCGCGGCGGUUCACAUUUUAUACUAUUUUAUUUUCUGUCAUUGUACUUUUACUACUUUAUGUCAGAAGAAAGAAAUUAAAUGUUUAUCAUUAUUCUAUGUUCGAAGUGAGUGAUGUUAAUCGAUUGCAUGUGCUACUUGUGUCGUAUGUGGAAUCUUCAUUUAUAGUUGAAAUGCUACACCACUUACCAAACACCUAUUAUCAGUUUGAACCGGAACAGUUUUCAAAUCAAAAUAAAGAAGAACUCCAUGAAGCUAUAUAUAAAAUCUUUAAGUGUCAACAGUCUUCAAUAAAAGGAUUUCUGCAGUGGAUGAAAGAAAAUCCUGCUUACUUGAAACUAGAACAAAAUGUAAAAUAUUUUAAACAUUUAAAAUCGUGCUUGGAAUCUGGUACAUGCUAUAAUGGUGCAUUUUUGGAUGCAUUUUGCAAAACCCACGAAAUAAUCAUCAUCAAAACUGUUGGUUUAAAGUUGACAGAAGCAGCGGAAUUAUUCAGAAAAUAUCCUGACCUCAACUUGAAAAUCAUCUUCAUAACAAGAAAUCCCAUAGCCGUUUUAAAUUCGCAAAACAAUCACCUCAAAAAGAAAUUGUGUUUAUUCAAUGCGAACUGCACAGAACCCGAUGCGUUUUGCUCAAUGUUUCAUGAAGAUUUGAGACUCUCCUGCACCCUGUCCCAUGAAAAACCUAAUAACUUUAUGAUUGUACGCUACGAAGAUUUCUUUGCGAAUUCUUGGGUGUCUUCAAGUCGUGUUACAAAUUUUCUAGGUUUCGAAACACUUCCAGAAGAAAUUGAAAUUCUUUUAAAAUCUCAACAGCAAAUCUCCUCGAGCCACAAUACAAUCGUGCCCUCUUGGCCAGAAAUGUCACAUGAAAAUAUUAUAGGCAUCCAAAAGAAAUGCUACAGCGCCUUUAAAAGUUUAGGGUAUCAAUACAAUUCAUACAAAACUUUUGAGCAUUAUCAUUCAAAUAACCAACUUAAUUUACAUAAAUCUUUUACAUUUUUCUGUGUUAACGAAUUUCUUCGGAGUUAUGAACAAUUUCUAUAAAUGGCGUCGUAAAAAAAUUAUUCCGUAAAAAUUAUGUAUCUGUGAUGGGCAUUCAAGGAUGACUAAAUUUAGUCAGAAUAAAUUUAUUCUGAAUGAUUAUUCAUAUGCAAAUUUAGUCAUUAUUCAUUAUGCAAAUUUUUAAAUAUAUGUAGGUACAUGCGUACAAUGAAUGCAUGCCGCAUGUAUGGAAGUACAUAUGUACAAUAUAUGUUACCCAGUGUAUCUGUAAUUGUAUACACAUAUAUUGUGCAUAUGUAAAUACAUACAUUGAAAAUAGUCAUCAUGAUUACAUGAAAUUAAAUACAUCGCUGUAAUUGCCUGUAAUCGAUUAUUGUAAUCAACACCCAACUCUUUUAUGUAUGUCUGUAAAUAUAUAUAUGGAUCCACGUUGUAUAAGCUAACUAACGUAUAUACAUUGCUACUUCAUAGUGCAUACGUAAGUACAUUGUGUGAACAUUAUUGUAUGUUCACACAAUCUUUGUACUUUUAUACGUGUUUUGGAUGUACACACAUCCGUACGUAUAUGUACGUACGUAUAUUUUUCAAACACACAAAAGCAUUUUAUGUGUAUACGUACAUUAUGUACAUACGUACUCUGUAUGUGUAUCUGUACACUACGUACGUUUACUAACAUUCUUGUAUAAAUUGUAUGUGCAUACUAACAUGCAUUAUGUGUACUACUUUUGUAUGCAUUUACACAUUUAUGAAUUGUACGUACACUUGUUCAUAAAAUGUACGUAAGUACGUAAUGCCAUGUAUUAGCAAUGUAUGUUAGAAUCUAAACAUUCAACUUAUUUUACUUAUUUACGUAAACAUUUAUAUACAGUGCUCGUUCAUGUACAUAUAUAUAUAUGCAUAGACAUACAGCGUAGUUAAGUGUGCAAGGUAUGUACAACAUAUUUAUGUAUUCAUGUAGUAACUAUUUUUACAAUUAUUCGUAAUAGAGAUUACUUGUAAUCGCUAAAUUAUGAAUGCUGGUAAAAAUGACUGCUUAUAAUUGUACAUAUUGAUUGCUUAAAAUAAUAGAUUUUGGUCAUUAUUAACUAUAUAUACCAGUUAUCGUCUCUCGUUGUCAUUACUGGUAAUUAUAAUAACUUUUUCUUAUCUGAAAUUGUUACUUGUAACUUUUAAAAGUGAUAAAAAAGUAGUUUAUUACUAUGUACUUUUCAUUUGUAGUUGUCACAAUCGUUGUCAAUUAGUGUAUUUCUUCUUUUAUGCAGUAAAAUUAUUCACUUA